ACAAAGACCGGCAGAGAUGAUACAUAUAUGAUGAUGUCACUUAACACCCGUCUCCAAAGGGUUAAAUUACAAAUGCAAAUGUAGACAGUUGAUCUUGAAGCCAUCGUUAGGCAGAUGGACAGCAAUGAAGAACAAAAUUAAUAUGUGCAUUAUAAACCUUAACUCAUGAUAAGUUGAAACAGUAUUUAUUACGAAUUAAAUGCCUUCAGAAGUUAUUAAGCGGCUCCAAGUAAAAUAGGCCUGUAAUUAACAACAUGUGUCAAAAAUACACGCGUUCUUUUGUUAUUGAUUUUUAUCAGUUCAAUCCUUUCUUUUUUCUAUGACUCCAUCUAAUGAGUCUUUCGCAAACACAUUCUUCUGACUUGAAAAUAUUAUAAAAACAAUGGUUGCAGUUGAGAAAAUCUUUGGAUACAAAUAACAAUUUUGUAAUGACACAUCUAGAAAAAAUUUGGUCCUGUCAGGAUCGGUUCCGACUCUGUGUAUUAUACCUUUCUUGCUCCAUUGUGAUUUCAUCAUACAUUAAUUAGUAAUAUUCAAGAAGCUGAUUCUUUAAUAUCGUAGUUCUACGUUUGCAUUGAUAAUGAAAGCUGUUAUCAUGGUUUCUUCUUUCGAUAAUAAUAGUUGUCGUACAAAAAUAAUACCAUAUGUUUUUAUAUUCACUUUUGAUAUAAUGAUUUAUUUAUUAGUGACUUCUCUAUCGUUUAUUUUAAUGUGAAAUACUUUCUGAAACAAGUUCGAACGACCAGAUUGGGUGUGGGUGUGGGUGGGUGUGGGUGGGUGUGGGUGUGGAUGUGGGUGUGGGUGUGGGUGAAGGUGUGGGUGUGGCUAGGGUGUGUAAAGAAAACUAUCACACCCACACCCACACCCGCCCACACCCACACCCACACCCUUACUUGUUCUUUAUUUAAUUUAUAUUAACGUUGAGUUAAACUUAAUAAUUAAAAAUUAAACAUAUUUAUUUAUUUUAGUUACCUGAAAUAAAUUGAAAUCUUCAAUUGGUUUUAUUAUAAUGUUUAAUAAGUCAAAAAGAAUCGAAGCACGUUUAAUAUCGAAUAUAACAGUAACAAUUGCUGGGAAUCUUGAUGUUGAUGAAUUGAGUUACCAUUUGAUCUAGUAUAUUACUGCUUUUUUCUUCAAUGUAGAAUGAAAGAAUAACACAUUUCUUUAUUUUAGGAAACAACUGUUGGAAUUGGUAGAGCUGAUGAGGAGGAAGAUGAAAGUGGAUAUUUUGUUGCACCAGCAAGAGUUGGUUCAUUUGAAUCAGCAUUGUGUUUAUUACAAGAUCAAGUUGGAACUAUUUGUUUUGAUAAAUAUAAACAAUUAUUUGUUCAAAUAUAUUCACGUCCACAUGCAGCUUUUACAACACUUCCAUGA